AGUUUGGAUUAUGACGUCUGCUACAACAAACCAUACGAACAUUACGUUGAAAACCAGCGAAAAGACUUCUCUUUCAGUAAGAUUGAAGUCAUCAAAUGGAUGAUCACCUUCCUCAUCGGAUUCUCCACAGGUCUGGUUGCAUUUUUUAUCGACACUAUCGUGAAGUUGUUGAGUAAACUGAAAUUCAAUCCAGUAACACAAAUGUAUCCUUUAAAAGACAUGUGUGAUUAA